UAUGGAAAGCAAAAAAAUGAGAGGUUUCACAAUGUCUUUCAUGGCGUUUAUCACCAUUUUUGCAGCCGUUGGGAUUACCUACUGUGAGGGAAACUCCAGGUUUUUUUGCAUUGAGAGUGAGAAACGAGCUCUCUUAAAUAUCAAACUGGAUGUCAUUGAUCGUUCCAACAGGCUAUCUUCAUGGUCUGAAAAUGAUGGAGAUUGUUGUAAAUGGCUUGGAGUUUACUGCAACAAUCUAACAGGCCAUAUCUAUAAGCUGGAUUUAAGGCCUCCUUCAAGCCCAACGGUUUAUGCAUCAGAUGCUGAAUUUGGUGUUCACUGGAGAUCAGUGCUGAGAGGGAAAAUAAACCCUUCAUUGCUUUCGUUGAACCAUCUGGUUCAUCUCGAUCUUAGCCAUAACAACUUUGGUGGCACCCUGAUUCCUGGUUUCCUUGGUUCAAUGGAGAGUUUAACAUAUCUUGACCUCUCUGGUGCCAACUUUGGUGGAGCCAUUCCUCAUCAGCUUGGGAAUCUGUCAAAAUUGCAGCAUCUUGACCUUGGACGUAAUAGUAACCAGUUGUUUGAAGCUAAGAAUUUUCAAUGGCUUUCUGGUUUUUCUUCACUUGAGUAUCUUGAUUUGAGUGGAGUGGACCUUAGCAAAGCCAUUGAUUGGUUUCAGGUAACCAACAAACUUCCUUGUUUAAAAGAGUUACAUUUGUCAGCUUGUUUUCUUGACAAUGACCCUUCAUCAAUCAUGGUUAAUUACUCAUCUCUUUUGGUUCUUGAUCUUUCAAACAACGAUUUGUCCCCUUCAGUACCUGCUUGGAUAUUCAGUCUUGAUAGCCUUGUCUCCAUUGACCUUAGUGGAAAUGCCUUUGAAGGUGUGAUUCCCAAUAGUUUUCAAAACAUUUCAUCUCUCAAAUCUCUUGAUCUUUCCAAAAACUCUUUCAAUUCAUCAUUGCCUGAUUGGUUGUUUAGCUUGGAACAUCUUGAAUUCCUCAGCCUUGGAGGCAACCUUGUGCAAGGAAAAAUCCCAGGUUCCAUUGGGAACUUGAGUUCCAUUAGAACUCUUGACUUGUCAGCAAAUCUUCUUGAAGGAACACUUCCAAUUUCCUUGGAGAAUCUUUCCACUUUGAGAAAACUUGAUUUGUCAAACAACAAUCUUCAUCAGGAAAUACCAGAUAUCUUAAAGGUCUUGUUUAGAUGCUGUGCAGAUGAAUUGGAAUCACUGAAUCUGGAAUAUAACAACCUUUCAGGCCAUUUGACUGAUCAACUUGGACACUUUAAAAGCCUAUCUGAUAUCUCUCUUUCUCAUAAUUCCAUCUCUGGUUUCAUUCCAAUCUCCAUAGGGAACCUUUCAUCUCUACAAUAUCUUGAUGUUUCAGACAAUCAGUUGGAUGGAAAUCUUCCUCAAAAUCUUGAAAACCCCUUGAAUCUGGAAUAUGUGGACAUUACUUAUAAUCUGUUGGAAGGGGUUGUGUCAGAAGGUUUCUUUUCUAAUCUCAAAAGAUUGAGAGUUUUCAAAGCAUCUCAAAACAAGUUGAAGUUUGAACCAAAAUCAAACUGGAUCCCUCCAUUUCAGUGCCAAACUAUUGAAUUGAGUUACUGGUUUCUUGGUCCCAAAUUCCCAACAUGGAUUCAGUUUCAGAAGGAUCUGUCUACUUUGGACAUAUCCAGUGCAGGGAUUUCAGAUGUUGUCCCCUCUUGGUUCUGGAACUUCACUUCAAAAAUGGUGUCCCUCAACAUUUCACAUAAUCAACUUGAAGGUGAAAUCCCAUUUUUGCCAGUUCAUAAACUUGCUGAUUUGAGAUCCAACAGGUUCUCAGGUCCAUUGCCAAGGAUUCUCCCUGAUGUGGCAACAUUGUUUUUCUCAAACAACUCAUUUUCAGGUUCACUUUCAAGCUUUUUAUGUGAGUACAGAUUAGGUGAACCAAAGCUGUUCCUUCUUCAGCUUGAAACCAAUCUUCUGUCAGGCGAAAUCCCAGAUUGUUGGCUGCAAUGGCAGGGCAUUAGAGUCCUGAACAUGGGAAACAAUAAUCUGACAGGCAAAAUCCCAGUUUCUUUAGGAUAUUUGGGUUUCAUGUUUCUCAAUCUUAGAAACAACAAGCUAUCAGGUGAGCUUCCAUUGACAUUGGCAAACAACAGUGACUUGUUCAUGAUUGAUAUUGGUGAAAACCAGUUCACUGGAAACAUCCCAAAGUGGAUCGGCAAAAGUUUGCCAAAUCUCAUGAUUCUAAGCCUUCGUUCAAACUCUUUCAAUGGCCAUAUCCCUGAUGAACUUUGUGAGCUUAGUUCACUGCAAAUCUUGGACCUUGGGGUGAACAAUCUGUCGGGGGAAAUACCAAAAUGUUUCAAGAAUUUAACUGCAAUGGCUGCCAAACAAAAUGGUGCUGAUGAUAUCAUUGAUUACUUCGUUUACGGGGAGUUCAUAAGGAAUGAAUUGCUGGUAAUGAAAGGGAGAGUCCGUGAAUACAGCACCAUUCUUUCACUGGUUACCACCAUGGAUCUUUCAAACAACAAUCUCACUGGAAACAUUCCCAGAGAAGUAGCCAAUCUUGAAGGGCUGCAAUCGUUGAAUCUAUCAGAGAAUUCCCUGAGUGGAAACAUACCAGACCAUAUUGGAAGCCUGAAGAUGUUGGAAUCUCUCGAUGUUUCGAGGAACCAUUUGUCUGGUAUAAUCCCGGAAAGCUUGUCCGACUUGAAUUUCUUGAGCCAUUUGAACUUAUCAUACAACGAUUUGAGGGGAAGAAUCCCAUCAAGCACUCAACUUCAAAGCUUUGACGAGUUUUCUUACAUUGGGAAUCAACUUUGUGGACCUCCAAUCAAUGAGAAUUGCAGCAUCAAAGCUGGGACACCGCCGAAUGUUGUUAAUGGGAGCCAUGGAAAUGAAGGAAGUGAAGGUUGGGUGGAAAAGUAUAUGAUUUAUGUCAGUGUUGCAAUGGGGUUCUUGGUGGGCUUUUGGGGCGUAAUAGCGCCAUUGCUUAUCAGCAAAACUUGGGCGUUGGCUUACUAUGCAAAGGUGGAAGCCAUUGGAGGCAAGCUUUCUUCAUUGAGGAGUUGAUUCCCACGAAUCCAGUUUUGAGAAAUAAUAGUAUUUCCCAUCAGAUUUUGUUAUUUUCAAGUACUUUUGAACGUAUA